AUGCAGGUACCUAUUAUGGCAUCCGGUAAUCCACCAUUUAUCAUAAGGGAUCAUCUUUAUUCCAUAGAUGACAGGUUGAAGAGAGGGAGACCACCUCCUCUGCUUAAGGGUGCCGACGAGGAUAUAAUCAUUGAUGAAGAACCAGCGCCAGAAGCUACUCCAGUGAUCGACCCCGCAUCUAUAUCAAGGUGCUGCAUAGAAAGGGGUCUGUUUCCGGCAGUUCCUUUGUUCUUUCAAUAUCCCUGCAGCACCAGCAAGGGUUGGUCGGAGUGGGUUGACCAUGAACUGAAGAACCCGUCUACCCGUGAUAUCCUAAGCCGGGCAGGUGUGUUGGAAGCCAUCUUUGCUUCUAAGGCUUGCGACAUCCAUAUUGAAGCCAAGACGCUUCGACACUUGGUUAGACGGUGGAGUACCGAGACACACACUUUUAUUUGUUCGUGGGGAGAGUUCACUCCCACGCUUGAGGAUGUAGCCAAUAUUUUCCGGCUCCCACUUUGCGGCAGUCAAGAUCCUUUCCACAUUGCAUUAACCCCGGAAGAUGGGCUAAAGCUUGAGACUUUACGGAAGGGUGCUCCGACUUCUCCUAGUACUUCUCUAAGAUUCAGUAAUUGGAUUCAAUUUUUUGGGAACAGUGACCGAGAUGAGCCUUGUCGCCUUGCUGCGUUUGUGUCAUUGUGGCUCGGGAGGUUCCUCUUUUGUGAUUUUUCCCAAGACUGCUUGCAUGGGAGAGUGUUUCCGUUGGCUUUGGCAAUAGCACGGGGUAGCAUGAUCCCUUUAGCCCCCAUGUUCUUGGGGCACUUAUAUCGCUUGCUUGACCAGAUUCAAUUUCUUGAGAAGGGGGCGGCCGGAACCAUGGCUGUGGAGACUUUUGCAAACUCCAGUUUUCUGCAAAUCUUUUUAUGGGAACGCUUCAAAGGGAUAGAGGUAUCUCCACUUCCUUAUUCAAAGGCUGAGUCACUGGUUGCUUCGGACGAGAAUUCCUACAUGCCGGGUAGUCUUCCUCUGAUCUGUAGAUGGUCCCGUCGCAUGCAACGGAAGGGCCAAAACUUUUUAGAGCUGCUGGACGAUGUUGAGAAAUUCAUCUUCCGCCCAUACUGUGUUUUAUCGGAGGGAUUCAGCAAUACACCUUUUUAUGCAGAUUCUGUUGUCUUGGUCGAGGCCCUAGCCACGUCAGCACAAGGUUGCCCUCUGCGUAGGGAGGCAUUACUAAGCGCUGCAUGUCUUCCUUUGCCCACGUUUGGUGAUGAUCACUCAGAGGUUCCUGUGCGUUAUUCUCCUUAUCGGGUUAGACGACAGCUCGGAUUUGACCAGGGAGUGCCUUCCUGUCCUAGCUAUGGAGAUUCUCUGGCAUUACACAAGAUUUUCUGGACCAAGGACAGCGUGCCGGGAGACGGCAGACCUCUUGCUUUAGCCCUGGCUAACCGGCAGCGCGUUGGCAGUCUCUCAAAGGCCUAUCAAAAUUAUUGGAACCGUUGCUUCGCCUCAUUUAGCCGAUUCCAUGCUGCCCAUUGUGAUAGAUUGAUUCCCACCAUCAUUCAUCAUGCCCGCUUAGUGUCGGAAGAGAAAGCCAUUUCCCUGAGCGAGAAGCGAAAUCUGCCUUUUACUUCCAAAAGCGGAGAGAUUGUUGGUGACUUUUCGAAGCUAAAGCGGAAGUUAGAAAAGUCGGGUUCUCACAGCACCGGGAAAAGUGUUGUACAUGGGAAACGGAAGUGA